AUGUCUGAGGAAAUAGACGACACCACCCCAUUGCUUAGAGAUGAUGAGAGCUGUGAAAGUCAAGAUGCUGUGUACAAGAGUAGAUGGAGGUCAAUUCGAGUCAUGUAUUUCACCAUGUUUCUCAGUAGCGUCGGUUUCACCAUUGUCAUAACUUCACUGUGGCCCUAUUUACAAAAGGUUGAUCCUGGUGCUAAUGCCAGCUUCCUGGGCUGGGUGGUAGCGGUCUAUAGCCUCGGUCAAAUGAUUGCCUCACCUCUGUUUGGUUUGUGGUCGAAUCAUCGUCCACGGCGUGAGCCACUGGUCUGCUCCAUCUUCAUCAACCUUCUAGCAAACAUCUAUUAUGCUUAUGUCCAUCUUCCAAAAACGGGGAAUAAGUACCACAUGAUGAUAUCGAGAGCCUUCGUGGGAUUUGGAGCUGGUAAUGUUGCUGUGGCGAGGUCGUAUGUGGCUGGAGCUACAUCUCUAAAGGAGAGAACUGGUGCAAUGGCCAACAUGAGUGCUUCCCAGGCCCUGGGAUUCAUCCUGGGUCCAGCUCUUCAGGCCGCCCCAGCUCUUCUGGCAGCAGCAUUGGGUCUCGUCAACAUUUUUCUGGUUUUGUUCAUACUGAAAGAGCAUUAUGUUGAUGAGGAUGGAAGACUCAUCCAUCCAAGCAUCAACUAUACAGAAGAUAACGUUGAAGACAGUGGUGAAGCAGAGGAAAAUGUUGACAAUGUUGCAGUCGUCACCUCAAAUAUUCUCUUCUUUGUUGUCAUGUUUAUCUUUGCUGUUUUUGAAACUAUAGCUACUCCUUUGUCAAUGGACAUGUUUGCAUGGACAAGGAAAGAAGCUGUGUUAUACAAUGGGAUCAUAAUUUGCUGUAUUGGAUUUGAGUCCAUCUUGGUAUUUAUCGUUGUAAAACUAGCCGCACAAAGGUUUGGUGAUCGCCUGAUAUUGUUAGCGGGCCUGGCUUUUAUAUUCUGCGGAUUUUUUUCCCUACUUCCUUGGGGAAAUCAUUAUCCUAGAAUACAGUGGGCUGAUAUUAAAAACAAUUCACUAGUCAGUCAAAUGACCGUGGUGUCCGUGACCAACAGCACAGUGGAGCCGACCGGAUGCCCGCUGGUGCAGACUUGGUGCCAGUACACCCCAGUGAUAAACCUCCCUCAGUACCUCACAGCUGAUGUCCUCAUUGGAAUUGGCUAUCCAACAUGUAACGUUAUGUCCUACACACUCUACUCUAAAGUUUUGGGACCAAAGCCUCAAGGUGUGUACAUGGGUUGGCUGACAGCUGCAGGGAGUGGAGCACGAACUCUUGGUCCGGUCUUUGUGUCUAAUGUCUACACUCACCUUGGACCUCGAUGGGCUUUCAGUCUGAUCUGCGGCGUGGUUGUUGGAGCUAUACUUCUCCUCAUGGCAGUUUAUAAAAGACUUAUUGGUGAGUCAUUUCCCAAAAGCAGGUAUGCAGGAGGAGGAGCAAUGAAGCAAGACAGGCGCAGACGCUUGGAAGAAAACAGGAACGCGCUUUACUUUACCCCAGCGACGCGACAACCCAAAACAACACCACCGCAGAGGGAUCCGGGCAUUAGAAAAACUCCCCUGGAGCUUUCUGCCUUCAGCCACAAGCGCGGUUUUGGACAAAUCGUCUUCUAG